CUUUAAAUACAACCACAGCCGCUCUCUUCUUCAGGCUUGACUUAGCAUUGGGCCAAACAGUAGGGGUGCAUCUUUCACUGCCUAAAAGUUGGGAGGAGGGAAUUGGCUGCCUCUCGUUUCUUCCUCAUUAUCCGUGCCUAUGGAUACCACUGUAAAUAAGGGACUCCUUUCAUCAGGGUUGGCAAUGUAAUUGCAAACAAGCAGAGCAGCCCUUCCGAAAGAGAGGAAACAGCAGAUGCGGCUGCCCAGAUCUACGCUAUGUUUUUAAGAUAACAAUUCUUUUUUCCAUACAAGAAGAAAAAAAAAAAACCCAGCCAAGGAGGGGGCCGAUCAUCUUUUGUCUUUUUCACUCUUGCCGAAUAAUGAGCCUUGGUUUGACCUAACAAUGCUUCCGAUAUCACACUCAUUUUCUCAUCCCCCCGUAGCCCCUAACGAUGCUGCUUUCUCUUCUACCCACUUGGAAGGAAAACAAUUGUCGCUUUUGGGAUCUAGACAAUAGGAGCUGAUGUCAUUUUUAGUCCUAUCAUUUUUAUUCCUAUCUUAAUAUUGGUCGUCUAUUUUUUGUUUCUGGAAUCAUUCCUGGAAUAUUUUCCAAACAUCACCGGAAGAAAAACAGGAGGAAUGAACCGGCAGCUGGUCAAAAUUUUGACAGCCUUACUUGCAUUAAUUUUUGAGACUAGCAAAUUCAGGACGGCUUUUUGCAAAGAGCAUGAAUCCAGGUCUGGGAAAUCUCCCCCUAUGUCUCCUUCAGAUUUUUUGGACAAAUUAAUGGGCAGGACAUCGGGCUAUGAUGCUAGAAUCAGGCCAAACUUUAAAGGUCCUCCAGUAAACGUUACUUGCAAUAUUUUUAUAAACAGCUUUGGAUCAGUCACAGAGACUACAAUGGACUACAGAGUUAACAUUUUUUUGAGGCAAACAUGGAAUGAUCCUCGGCUUUCGUAUAGCGAAUACCCAGACGAUUCUUUGGAUUUGGACCCUUCCAUGUUGGAUUCUAUUUGGAAGCCUGAUUUAUUCUUUGCCAAUGAGAAAGGAGCUAACUUUCACGAUGUCACCACGGACAACAAAUUACUGCGGAUAUUUAAGAAUGGGAAUGUGCUUUACAGUAUCAGGUUAACUUUGACCUUGUCAUGUCCGAUGGACCUGAAGAAUUUUCCAAUGGAUGUGCAAACCUGUGCAAUGCAGCUAGAGAGCUUUGGUUACACAAUGAAUGACCUUAUAUUUGAAUGGCUGAGUACUAGCCCUGUGCAAGUUGCUGAUGGUUUGACUUUGCCGCAGUUUAUACUGAAAGAAGAAAAUGAACUCGGCUAUUGCACUAAACACUACAACACAGGAAAAUUUACAUGUAUUGAAGUUAAAUUUCACCUGGAGCGUCAAAUGGGCUAUUACCUGAUUCAGAUGUACAUCCCCAGCCUGCUGAUUGUCAUUUUGUCGUGGGUGUCUUUCUGGAUAAAUAUGGAUGCGGCUCCUGCUAGAGUGGCUUUGGGUAUUACCACUGUACUGACAAUGACUACACAGAGCUCAGGAUCAAGAGCCUCACUUCCAAAGGUAUCCUAUGUGAAAGCUAUUGACAUCUGGAUGGCCGUGUGCCUUUUGUUUGUGUUUGCUGCUCUCUUGGAAUAUGCAGCCGUGAAUUUCGUCUCAAGGCAGCAUAAGGAAUUCUUAAGGCUCCGCAGGAGGCAGAAAAGACAAGGCAAGACUGUACUCAUUGGGAAUGAAAGCGUGGAGUCCAUGCGGCGCAUGAAUGGAUUGCGGAGUACAGAUUCCUCAGCAUACGGAACUCUGAACCAAAUCUACAAUCCAAGCUUAAGGGAAGAAGAUGUCCGAGAGAGCCGCUUUAACUUUAGUGGAUACGGGAUGGGUCACUGUCUGCAAGUCAAAGAUGGUACAGCAGUUAAAGCCGCUCCUCCCAUCCCCCCUCCUGCUCAACCAAAAGAUUCAGAAUCCAUCAAAAAGAAAUUUGUUGAUCGUGCAAAAAGGAUUGACACAAUAUCUCGGGCUGCCUUCCCGUUGGCCUUCCUCAUUUUUAACAUCUUUUACUGGAUUACAUAUAAAAUUAUCAGGCACGAGGACGUGCACAAAAAGUAAGCCCCUCAUAUUUAUUGAAGAACUGCGAGAAAUAAACUGGAAAAUCAAUUAAAAUGUGACUGGUUUUAUACCACCUAUCCUUCUAAGAACUUCUAAGAAAGUCGUAUAGACUGUGGAAGAAGAAAAUAUGAACUUUGAAUGAUAAAACAAGCCUCCUUUCUGCCAAUAAUCGUCUGUUUACUCUUCCCAAAAACGAAUAUCUGAGAAUUUCCUCGGAAAAGGGGCCAAUUAAACUGACACUGCCACCGAAGAGCUUUUUCAGAAAAAAACAUAAAAAUGUGUAAUAAAGUUAACGAAGACCACUCAUUUUUUCACACCACCUAGUGAAACAGGUUACCAUUGUGAUAAUAACUUAAUGCUGGUAAAGAAAAAAAAACAUGUUCAUGAGACGAGGACCAAAUUUUCUAAUCUGAAAGAAAAUCUAACGUACAUUCCAUCACAGUGUUAGUAUAUCCAGUGUUGCACCAAAAGGUUCCUUUGUGCUGUAAAUUCUUUCUACUUAUGCAUAUACAUAUAAAUAUAUAAAGAUUUCUACUUUGCUAUCUUUGUGAGUGUGACUUACAAGACGAUAACUUGUUUUAUUAUAUUAGUGUAAUAUCUGGAUUUAUCGUGUGUACUCUGUGGUUUCUUUGACAGUCAACACUUUUUCAGGUACAACUCUCUGCCCGAAUACUUUCUUCUUUCUUUCUGUUUUUCUAUGGUAUUCUGUGCACUGGAUCUAAGGUAUUAACUGCUGCUUUUAAAUGAAUCAUGAAGUACCAAACUCUAACCUACCAGUUAGGCUAAUCUUCUGCACCAAUUCUGCAAUCAAAUUUCUUUAUAAAUAAUAGUUAUUUUUGAUUAUUUCUGAAAUGGCGUAGCUCAAUCUAGCAUUGUCACUGCCGUAAAUGUAGUUGCAGGUGUUAGCUCCUUUGUAGAGUACCAAACGUUGUUUACAGACCUACAAUUUAUACCUUUUUGAAAUGUAUUCUCAAGCUGGCUGCCAUUUUCAAAUAGCACUGAUUAUUAUGAGAAUUUUGAACGCUGACCUAUGGUUUUCAUAUCUUAAUCUUAACCUUGGAAUGGCACACCUGAACUGGUCAGGUCCUUGAUACGUAUUUUAAAUCGGGAUACAAAAUGAAUUUUUAAGUCUGCAGGAAGUCCUGUGAAAUCUAACAAGGUAAUACAAUUUUUGCACUUGUGGUAAAGCAUUUUCUUUACAAGAUAUCUGUUCAGUUUCAAUAAAGUUUAGUGUGGUAUAAUA